CCAAACCAUUCAAUUCAAUAUCCUCACACAACACAACACAGCAUAAUCUUUCAUCACACUCAAAGUUCCAACAAAAACAACAACAAUUUCCUUUUCUGUUAUGGCAAUGAAGAGACAAAGAAACAACGAAGGAACAACAGACAACACAGAUUUAGCAAACUGCUUAAUGCUACUGUCUUGUCCGCAACAACAGAAAGCCUUUGAAAACGGAGUUUACGAGUGCAAAACAUGCAACAAAAAAUUCUCAUCUUUUCAAGCACUCGGUGGCCAUAGAGCUAGUCACAAGAGAAUGAAGCUGGCUGAAGGGGAGGAGCUUAAAGAGCAAGCUAAGUCUCUUAGUUUAUGGAACAAACCCAAGAUGCACGAGUGUUCUAUUUGUGGUAUGGGAUUUUCUUUGGGUCAAGCAUUGGGAGGACACAUGAGAAAACAUAGAGCUGUUAUGAGUGAAGGGUUUUCUUCUAUCAAUGAGAUUAUUGCGAAGAUUCCAGUUUUGAAGAGAUCGAAUAGUAAGAGAGUUAUGGGAUUUGACUUGAAUUUGACGCCAUUGGAGAAUGAUGACUUGAUGCUUGGAAUGAAGUCGCCUUUAACGCCUAUUCCACUUUCUUUGUUUUGAUCAACUUUUAUGUUGUUAAUAUUUUCUUGACUCUUGUAUUCUUUGAAUUUUUUGUGCAAAAAUUCGUUGAUUCUUUUGGUUGUUAUAGAUAUAUAGUUUUGUAGUUUGUAAUAAACAGAUACAGUUAUUUUAAUGAUCAA